UGUAGCCAAUGAUGUUGCCUGCCGCAGUUUGGGAAAUUCGCCCCACUUUCCAAAAGUUCAUUGAUAACCGUGUGGGUGCGAGAAUAGGGGAAAUUUUUGUUAUAAAUAGGAGUUGAGAGAGAAGACGCCGCAUUUUGACGCCGACGUCAGUUUGUUAACGUGAUUUUAGUGAGUGAAUACUUGUUACCAGUUGCGAUUCAUUCUAAGUCAUCAAAAAUGGUGGCCUUACGAUUACUACCUGCUCUGCAAAUAAUAUUUAUCUUAUGCACGCCAUGCCUGUCAUACCCGGUGUUUGGAACAAAAAGGUACAAUGGAAGAUCAGCCGUUCUUCGGCGCGCCAACAAUAAUUACUCUUGGGGUACUUCCGUACAGCCCUACCAACAAUUCUUAAGAGCGCAAAGAUUUCCCGUGAAUUACUACGAAAUGUAUCCAUAUGGUCGCGAUUAUCAAGACGACUAUUACUACCCCCAAGAAACUAUAUCCUACCCGUUAUACAUUCCACCUCCCCGAACCUCCAAGUACGAAGUUUACCAAGCAGUUUUGCCUUAUUACUACGGAGACCGCCCACUUGCCAGACAAGACUAUGGCUAUUACGGAUACGAAAAAAGUGCCGAGCCUAUAGAAAAUUUAGAAGAUGACAUUAUUCAAGAAGCCCAAAGGGAGGAGAGAGAAGACGCCCAACCCAUCGGCCAAGAAGUGCUGUACGAGAACGAAGACGGCGAAGAGAGUUUGGACGACGUUAACGCCGCCUUUUUGCAAAAUCUGAUCAUGUCUCAGAUGUACAAAGAUGCCUCCAGCAAACAAAAAAACUACUACGACCAAUAUCCGAGCACUGACUAUUACUACGACGAGGACAAUUACGAAAAGUGGGACGAUACGCAGGUACUGCCUAAGCAAACUUACCAAGAGGACGAGGACGUACGCGAGCUUAAGCAGCUGGUCAAACCGCAGAGGCAGGAUGUUUUCGGUUUGCAAAAGGGACCUUCGGCGGAGGAACGACUGCACUUAUUCCGUAACGAGAACAAAAAUAAGAAUCCGAAAGGGAAAUUUGCAGAUAAGCAUGGUUGGGAUGGUAAGCGGAGCAAGAGCAACGCCGCUUCGAUGGGGUCGUUACGGUACACCGUCAACGAUUUUCCGCGCAACGACCUACCGUUAGUCCUGAAGGCUACUUCAUCCCCUGCGGUGACCCCUACGAGUCUACCGAAGGCGACAUCCACAUCUCCGAAGAGAGACUCGAGGAAGGGCCAGAAAGAAGAAGUUCUGAUGAGGCCGGCCACGCCUAUCAAGAAUCCGUUCUCGUCCAAAGUGCUGGAGAUGAUGAAGGAGCCGGAACGAAAGCGAGAACCGUCGGUGUACGAUACAAUCAAACAUAUGCUAGACGUCGAGAAGAGUUUAGAGAACAGCUAUCGAGCGAACGAGAUGAGAUCUCCAAUGCGAAAGCGAAUAAUCACGGACGAAGACAGCUUAAUUCAGCAACUAUCCUUGCUAAAGAAGGCGCAGUAGGGACCGCACCGAAAACAAUCAUUGAAUUGAAUAUUCAUCAAGGAGAGAACUGAAUGCGUAUAUCUACCUUAAGCGGAUUUAAUUUUUCAAGACUGACAAGAACAUUAGUAUUAAUUCAUCCUUUUAACUGACAUCAUUAGUAGACUCAAAUUCGGACGAACGGGGUCAAUUUGCUUGAGAAAAUGGGAAAUACAUGUUGUUCACGGUGGUAUUUUACGAUUAAGACUUAAUCUCUGAAGGGGCUACUCGCUGCCUGCUGUACAUAUAACGUAUUAUUUACGGUUAAAUCAAUGUUGCUUCAAUCUGUCCGCUAUUUUUCACGCUGCGAGAACGUUUGUACUGCCACGGGGAGAAUUUUAGCAAAAUGUAGGGUCUCCGUGGUAAUAUUGAGGUUACUCCAUCUUGAAUUACAGAGAUUCAAUCUGUGAUACAGAGAACAAGGACUGUUUCACAGUAGUCUCGUCGUUUUCGAUCAUGAUAUAGUAAAUGUCGUAAAUAAUCCGAUCUUACAAUAUUGUUGUACUAAUUUGGCUUCGUCUGUACCAUUCAUUUUCAAGAUCAUUAUCCCGAGCGAUGUAUAACUUCACUUUGAGUUUGUCGAUAUAGACAUUUAUGUGCGAAAAUUGGAUACGAUAAAAUGAAACAGCUCUUCCACGAAGGAAUUCUAAUUAAGGGUCACUUCACGUAGUUAUACCACACACAAGGUACAAUUAUUAAUGCUUUAAAAUGUUCCAAUUACUCAGCACUUCGUGGUUCCUCGAAUACCAUUAGAGAUUAGAUGCUUCACUAUUUUUGAUAGAAAUAGUUGCAAAACUUAUAUUUUUAACCUUAGAUGUAUUUUGGUAUGAGACAACUUUAUCUUUGUUAAUUACUAAUACAAGAUGAGAGAUUUUGAGAUAAUAAACUUCGUGAUUUUAUGAUAAUAAUUUCAUAUAGCUUAUAUGUUAAUAAACGCCGCUUUUUGCUAUCCGUUUUAGAUGUAGUUCACCACGUCAAAUACGCUCUUUUUUGUCACUAAUUCAAUUUCAACCUGUCUCAGUUUCGCGUGCGUGAAGUAUACAAUUAUUUGAAGCGAUACCAUACCACACUAUAAUUUUAGAAAUCGCUUUUGCUGUUGAUGAUUUGUAAUCACAGCAAACUGCGAAAGACCCAGAUCCAUCUAGUUAAUUAUAAACUAUGUACAUAUCCCUGCACAUUUUAUACCAACAUUGUAAAUAUUAUAUUUUGAUAUCUUGUAGAUACUAGCUGACGUACUAUAACUAAUAUAUGCGUGAAAUUCCCUUACUCUGGUAAGGGAAUAGGGAACCUAUGCCAAUUUAUGCAGUUAUUCUGUGUGUACAGUGUUAAUUAUCACACCGACUGAUGUACAAUAUUAUAUGUCAAUAUUAAAUAUAAUG